GGCGGCGGGUGCUGGGGAGACCGGGACUUGCACCUCGAGCCCCUGCGUCUCCCUCUCUCCACCCGGCUCCUCCUCCCGCGGCGCCGCCGAAGCUCAGCCCAGGCCGGGGCGGUGAGCCCGGCUAGCGCACCUCCCGCUGUCCCGCCGGACGCGCCGCGCCCCCUCCUCGGACCGGGUUCUGCUCCGGCGGCCUCCGCGCCUCAAGUCCGCCCCUGUCCCCGCCGGGCCCGGUGGGCGUCACGAUGAAGGCGGCCCGCUUCGUGCUGCGCAGCGCCGGCUCGCUGAGCGGCGCCGGCCUGGUCCCCCGAGAGGUGGAGCAUUUCUCGCGCUACAGCCCGUCCCCGCUGUCCAUGAAGCAGCUGCUGGACUUUGGUUCAGAAAAUGCAUGUGAAAGAACUUCUUUUGCAUUUUUGCGACAAGAAUUGCCUGUGAGGCUAGCCAAUAUCCUGAAAGAAAUUGAUAUCCUUCCAGAUCAAUUAGUAAAUACCUCUUCAGUGCAGCUGGUUAAAAGCUGGUAUAUCCAGAGCCUGAUGGAUUUGGUGGAAUUCCAUGAGAGAAGUCCAGAUGACCAGAAAGCCUUAUCAGAUUUUGUAGAUACACUCAUCAAAGUUCGAAAUAGACACCAUGAUGUAGUCCCUACGAUGGCACAAGGAAUCAUAGAAUAUAAAGAUGGUUAUAUGGUUGACCCAGUCACAAAUCAAAAUCUUCAGUAUUUUUUGGAUCGUUUUUACAUGAACCGUAUUUCUACACGGAUGCUGAUGAACCAGCACAUUCUUAUAUUUAGUGACUCACAAACAGGAAACCCAACCCACAUUGGAAGCAUUGAUCCAAACUGUGAUGUGGCAGCAGUGGUUCAAGAUGCCUUUGAGUGUUCAAGAAUGCUUUGUGACCAGUAUUAUUUAACAUCUCCAGAAUUAAAGCUCACACAAGUGAAUGGAAAAUCUCCAGGCCAACCAAUUCAUAUUGUGUAUGUUCCUUCUCACCUUCAUCAUAUGCUCUUUGAACUAUUCAAGAAUGCAAUGAGGGCAACAGUGGAACACCAGGAAAACAGGCCUUCCCUUACACCAAUUGAAGUGAUUGUUGUCUUGGGUAAAGAAGAUCUUACGAUUAAGAUUUCAGACAGAGGAGGUGGUGUUCCCCUGAGGAUUAUUGACCGUCUGUUUAGUUACACAUAUUCCACAGCACCAACACCUGUGAUGGAUAAUUCCCGGAAUGCUCCUUUGGCUGGUUUUGGUUAUGGCUUGCCAAUUUCUCGUCUCUAUGCAAAGUACUUUCAAGGAGAUCUGAAUCUCUACUCUUUGUCAGGAUAUGGAACAGAUGCUAUCAUCUACUUAAAGGCUUUAUCUUCUGAGUCUGUAGAAAAACUUCCAGUCUUUAACAAGUCAGCCUUCAAACAUUAUCAGAUGAGCUCUGAGGCUGACGAUUGGUGUAUCCCAAGCAAGGAACCAAAGAAUCUGGCAAAGGAAAAAGUGGCCCUGUGAAGAGGGACACGCAGGACACUCAGGGAUCAAAGUGGGUCCACGCCAGUGCUGUUUCCUGAAUGUUUGUGCUCAAACGCUUAUUUCCUCACAGAUAAAUGACAACAACAAAAAGUCCUUGAACAGAACAUUGAUCCAAUGAGGAAUGGUGCUCUUUUCUGUGACCCAGGCAGGGAGCGUGGUGCAGGACUACAGGCAUUAACAGAUGGCCAGCUCCUUAUUCUUUAGUGUGGAAUAACUCAUGAGUUUAUAUCAAUUCCUGAAAAAGAAAUAAGCCUUAGUUUUUCAUCCCUUUAUCAACAAGAAUGGGAAAGAAAGUGAAGAUAUAGGGUAGCAGUUUCAAUGGAGUGAUGUUUAGGCCUCAUGUUGACAUCGGAAGAUAUUGGUAUUUAUUGAAUAUCAAGUGACCAUAUACCAGUAUUUUCCUGCCAUGCAAGAGAUUAGAGCUUAGUUUAUGCUGUGAUUAGAAAUGUAUGUAAAUGCACAGUUUUGUAUCUAUUUAUGUGCUCUAUGGAAGAAAGGCUGGUGACUAAAUAACAUUCGCUUUGAAUGAGAAGUGACUCAAAACAUUUUAUUCAAAGUUGCAGCCGUGGCAUUGGGCCUAAGUGAAAACUCAGAAAAAAGCUCCUUGAUAAUGCUGCGUUUUCUGUCCACAUUUUUCAUGAUAAGUGAACACAUUGCCAGGUGCCUAAGUCUUGGGUGAAUUUUUAAAUGUGCACUGAACUCAGGAUGUUGGGGGUUGGAAGGAGAGAAGAAUUGCCAAAGUGACAGCAGAAACAUCUUUUACCUUGCUUUGUUCAUAAAUGAAACAGUAGAUUGGAAAAACCAAUUUUAGGGAAAUAAAUCAUGCAUUCAGAACUUAACUCAGUAGGAGGGGGUAUUCUACCCUGAAAUGAUGGUAAUCCAAAGGCAUCCAUUUUCUAGGCUUAAAAAGAUGUAUUUAUAAUAUACUUAAUUAUAUUAUGUACACUCCCUCGUUAAUAUGUCUCUAAAAAAUUGUAAUUAUCAAAUGGCUGAAGAACAUUAGAAUUUAAAUACUUCUUGGAGAAUUGUUUAACAAAUAGCCUGGAAGUAAGAGGUUCUCAUGCCAGGAUACGUUCAUUUGUGAUUCAUUGAGAGAGAGAGCUAAUGAAUGAAAUACAGUACUUUGGGAAUGAAGGAAGGACAGGACAGGCACCUUUCUAUUUUCCCCACAAAUUAUUUCAGUAAAUGUUCUUUAUCUUCACAGAUAAAUUAUUGGCAAGAGGAUAAAUUGGUGUCUUUUGAAGCAGUAUGGCUUCUUUAAAUGGCUCUCACUCUUACAAGAUAAUAGCCUUUUAUGAGAAACUCAUCUGUGUCAAAUUAAUGUUUAAACUGGUAUAUAGAAAAAAACCUAGGAUUUUCUGCAUUGUAAAAUAAUCAUUACUGUUUAUAUGUUGAAUUUCACGUUUGUGUUUAAUUUUGUGAUGGCUUAGUGUUAUGGUGCUUCUGGUAGUGGCAAUAGAAGCCUCAACUCCUGUGGGUUUCAGAUUUAUCAUCAGAAUUUAUGGACAGUGACUUUUCUUAAUGGUGGAACUUCAGUUCUUGCAUUUAUUGAUUAUAUGAAACUGUUUUGUAAUAGGUUAUUUGUCAUCGCAGUUUUUUUACUGAAAUUUGACCUAAACAUUUUUUGCAUGUAAAUACUUGUAUUUACCAAAGAUUUAAAGCAGUUGAUUAAUUAAUUAACUCAAACAUUGUGAGCUAUCUUUAAAACACUAGAGAAAAAGAAAUAUCAGUAUCUCAAUAACAUCAACCAUGUAAAUGGAGUUAUAUAAAAUAGAAAUAGUCUACACUGAUAUUUGUGAAAUCUGUGGAAGAUCUUUAGGAUUUUAGUUGAUCGAUACUGAAUGCUCAGGCCCACUUAAAUUAUUAGUGUAUAAAUUGUGUUUUUGUCUUUAUGUUAUGUACAGAGAAAUGUGAUAAUUUUUAUAAUAAAUGUUUUUUUUUAUUAUAA